AUGUCAGACAACAUUACUCCAGUAAUGAACACUCUUAUUACUGGCGGUGAAUUCACUUACUACGACGCUUCUGGUACUGGUGCAUGUGGCUUAACCUUGACUGGCUGUAACGCUGCCGUAUCAGCUGAUCUGUUCACUACUGGCGCUACAUGGGGAGCCAAUGCUGAUGGUGUAUAUGUUUUGCAAGAUCCUGUGUGUGAAAACAUGUGUGUUACUAUUGAAUACAAUGGUGUUACGUAGGUUUUAUUUAUGCUUUCUUACGGUAGUUGCCGGGUAGGGGAAGGUAGGAUAGGGUAGGGUAGGGUAGGGUAGGGUAGGGUAGGGUAGGGUAGGGAAGGGUAGGGUAGGGUAGUGUUACUGAAGCACCGUGCCAUUUUAGUGCCUCCUUUCCAAUUACUGACAAGUGCCCAACUUGUGCCACUAACCAUGUUGACCUUGCUACCAAUGCUUUCACCGUACUAGAGCCAAACACUGCCGUUGGUGUGGCUACUCCAGCUACAAUUACGUAUGUGUUCUGUAAUACAACUACUGUUUCUAAUUGUUAG